AUGGAGAUAGAAACACCGGAUUGUAUUUCUCUGGGGAAGCUCUGCGUAUUCACGGAAAUCCUCACAGCAGGUGCUAAAGCGGCAGUUUUAGCACUUGAAGGGAUAAAAGCAGAAGCUUUAAAAUUUGUAAAGCUUAUUGGAAUCAGAAAAUCGGAACUCAUAGCCAAUCUUCUGGAACCACACGGAAUUGCCGGUUAUGUCUACGGUGUCAUAGCUCCGCUUAGUGUAAACGCAAAAAUCGCAUUUCCUAUGUUAACAAUCCCAUACGAGUCUAUUGAUUGUAUAAAAAAUCCACAAAAUGUUACCGCACGUGAGAGGUAUGACACAGUAACCUCAAGGGCAUUUUGGGAUUUUUUCAAGGCGAAUGACGAGGAUCUCACCAUUAUUUCCGACUUUGGAACCUGGAACACAUAUAAAAGACACCUUGAAAAUCUCCCAGAGAGCUAUAGACUCAAUACACAUCGCAUAAAAAAACUGGUUCUAGUCUCCGAUUUUCAGGACGUUAUAGGUUCAUGGAAAAAUGGGACGUUGGGAGAUCUAGAGAUCGAUUCCCCCGGAAAUUCGCAAGUAGUGCAUAUAAUUACUAUCCCAGAAAUUGGAAUGAUCAUGUACAAAAAAGGAGGUGAUACCUAUGUCCUAUCAGAGGGCACACAGAUAGAGGAUGGACCUGAAAGUGUACGUAUUUCUGUAGGGUCAAAUGUUUUGUUUAAGGAAUAUUUUCAAAAACCAAAGUCAACAUCUUCGGCGUUUAAAUCUGGAAGGUUUACGAGAGACUAUGAAAAACCUAUACAGGCCAAAAAUUUGCUCAAAAACCACAAGGAUUAUGUCCUAUAUUUUAAAAAGAGACGAGAUCGCAUGAGCAGAUAUCCACAAGGCUACAUUAAACGAGUACCAAUUAGAACUCAGUUUUGGGGAAAUUUUACGGGUAGAAACAGAAACUACACAUUACCAUAA